GUUCCUCCCCCAGAGCUAUUCCUGGCCUGGGUGCUCCCUGCCCCCCGGCACCCCCCUGCCUGACCUGACCCCACAGCUGGGAAUGGUUUGCUGGGGGUGGGGCAGCCCCUGCCUUUAUAAGCGUGGACCUAGCCUGGAGGCCCAGACCUACUGCUGACCCUUACACACUCCAGCUUGACCCCACACACACACACAUACACACACCAGUUUUAAAAAAAAAUGACAGGAAAAGCCACCUCUGAGGCUUCUGUCUCUACUCCAGAGGAGACAGCACCUGGGCCUGCCAAGGUGCCCACUACAGAGCCUUCUGGAGAGGUGGCAGCAUCAGAGUCCACGAGGCAAGAGCAGGCUCCAGAGCCACAGAAACCUCAGGCACAGGAUCCUGCAGCCCCUGCAGCUUCUGCCUUGCCCUCAACCAUGAAGCCUGAACCUCCAAGCGAAGAUGUCCCCAGUGCCCCACUGCGGCUGACCUUGGAGGAUGUGAGCCACAGCUCCUUGACUGUGAGCUGGGAGCCCCCCGAGAAGCUGGGGAAGCUGGGGCUUCAAGGCUAUGUACUGGAGCUCUGUCGAGAGGGAGCCUCAGAAUGGGUGCCUGUGAAUCCCCGGCCCGUGAUGGUGACCCAGCAGACGGUUCGGAACCUGGCCCUGGGAGACAAGUUCUUCCUGCGUGUGACUGCAGUAAGCUCCGCAGGAGCAGGCCCUCCAGCUGUGCUGGACCAGCCUGUCCACAUCCAAGAGAUCACUGAAGCCCCCAAGAUCCGUGUUCCCCGACACCUUCGUCAGACCUACAUCCGCCAGGUGGGAGAGCCAGUCAACCUGCAAAUCCCCUUCCAGGGGAAGCCCAAGCCACAAGUCUCUUGGACCCACAAUGGCCAAGCCCUGGACAGUCAGAGAGUUAAUGUGCGCAGCGGGGACCAGGACUCCAUCCUCUUCAUUCGUUCGGCUCAGCGCUCAGACUCGGGCCGCUACGAGCUCACGGUGCAUCUGGAAGGCUUGGAAGCCAAGGCCAACAUUGACAUCCUGGUGAUUGAGAAGCCCGGGCCCCCGAGCAGCAUCAAGCUACUGGAUGUCUGGGGUUGCAACGCUGCCCUCGAGUGGACACCACCCCAGGACACAGGCAACACAGAGCUCCUGGGCUACACAGUACAGAAGGCAGACAAAAAGACAGGGCAAUGGUUCACAGUGUUGGAGCGUUACCACCCCACCACCUGCACCAUCUCAGACCUCAUCAUCGGCAACUCCUACUCUUUUCGGGUCUUCUCAGAAAACCUGUGUGGCCUCAGUGACUUAGCCACCACCACCAAAGAGCUGGCUCACAUCCACAAGACAGAUAUUACUGCCAAACCUAGAGAGUUUAUUGAGCGAGACUUCUCAGAAGCGCCCUCAUUCACCCAGCCCCUGGCGGAUCAUACCUCCACUCCUGGCUAUAGCACGCAGCUAUUCUGCAGCGUCCGGGCAUCACCUAAGCCCAAGAUCAUCUGGAUGAAAAACAAGAUGGACAUCCAGGGUGACCCCAAGUACCGCGCCGUCUCUGAGCAAGGGGUCUGCACCUUAGAGAUCCGGAAGCCCAGCCCCUUUGAUUCUGGAGUCUACACGUGCAAGGCCAUCAACAUGCUAGGGGAGGCCUCUGUGGAUUGUCGGCUGGAAGUUAAAGCUUCGGCCACACACUGAAGAGCAAGAGGCAGAGACUGGGACAAGAAAACAGCAGCUUGGUUACAUACCAGGAUACAGAAGGACAUUCUCCACCAGGUCCUGCAGACCUGAGGAUCAGGACCCCAGAAGUCCCCAAGACCAAGAUACCAUAGGAACAGCUAAGGGGUGGGGACCUCCAGUACCUGCCAGCUCCCUCCACCAGAGGCUGGGUCCAGAGCCAGGAGUGGGCCUGGCAGGUCUCAGGUCACCUUCUGGGUACAAGAGGGUUCCAAAGGUGCAGAGACUGGCACCCUCUGCAGAGCUGUACACUGUGUGAGAAGCAUUCAAAUAAAGGUGUGUGGUGUUCUA